GAGGGGAGAGAAGGAGAUCGGACUGAACACAGAUCAGCCCGGAGAGAUCAACCCACUCUCACACACACACACACACACACACACACCGUCCCGAAUCUCCGUGUGUUUCAGUUUCUUUCCGUUUUGCGAGAGCGAUGGUUUAUUUUUUUCGGAAAGGCUUCGAAAGCAAAAUUUCCUGCGCUGAACAUAAGUGAAUCGAAGACGCGCAAACUCUCGGGUGAAGUUGCUCCGAAGGAUCGCUGAGAGUUUGGGCAAAGUUUUGCGCUGCGCUCGGAUGGCGGUUCGGGUCGCGCCGCGAAGGACGAGUUUCUACUUUCUGCAGCGAAAAAGUUUGGCGUGAACAAAAAGAAGACACAGCUUUUGGACACGUGAAUCAGGAAAGCUAUUAACACAUAAAAAGAAUCCUUCAUAAUGGAGACCAGUGUCCCCACAGCUGCUGAGAAAAAAGAGUGCAAAACAGCUGGACUGGAUGCCCAUGGUUUCAGCGAACUGCCCAAAAAGCCCUCACCGACCCUCCUUAGCAGAGGGCCUCAUCAUAUAUUCCCGACUUUCCACACACCAAUCCCCAUCGACAUACGUCACCAUGAAGGAAGAUACCACUAUGAACCUCAUGGCCUUCACCCCUUGCAUGGCGCUCCAGCGUUAGGAAAUCCAGUUAUCUCGGAUAUAUCCCUGAUCCGGCUUUCACCAGGUGGCCCGGCCGAGUCGCCUUUCAGCCCCCCUCACCCCUACGUUUCACCCCAUAUGGAGCACUACCUGCGUUCAGUCCAUGGCAGCCCAACCCUUUCCAUGAUCUCAGCAGCCCGUGGGCUUAGCCCUGCAGAAGUCACCCAUGAGCACCUGAAGGAGCGUGGGCUAUUUAGUCUUCCUCCUCCCCCUCCUGGAGCCAACUCAGCUGAUUACUACCACCUGAUGGCGAGUCACAGGAGUCCAUAUGGAGAUCUGAUUGCAGCUGGAUCCACCACUGCUGCUGCUGCCGCUGCUGCCGCCGCCGCAGCCGCUGCUGCUGUUCACCUCCCAGACUACAUCAACCCAAUGGACAUGUCGCGCUUCCCCAGUCCACGCCUAACACCCAGGCUUACCCGGAAGAGAGCUUUGUCCAUCUCUCCGCUUUCGGACGCCAGUAUUGACCUACAGACUAUGAUCCGCACUUCUCCUAACUCUCUAGUGGCCUACAUCAACAACUCACGCUCCAGCUCAGCUGCUAGCAGCUCAUACGGCCAUCUUUCUGUCGGCGGCAUUAGCCCUUCAUUUCCUUUCCAUCAUUCCAUCAACCCAAUGGCAUAUCAACAGCUGCUGUCUCAGCAGAGAGGCCUGAGCCCUUUUGGACACACACCUCCCCUCAUUCAGCCUUCUCACACCUUCUCCUCUCGACAACAUAUACUCACCAGCUCGGGACUGAGUGCUAGCACACAUAAUGAAGCAGAGACUAAGAACACGAGCAGUGACUCGGCAGUCAGCAGCACAGUAAACCUGCAUAGCAAAAGGUCAAAGGUUAAGUUGGAGUUGGACAACUCACGACCUCUCUCACCUUGCUCACCGGAUCCGUCACCACCAGUCGACCCAAAAGAGGAUGUGGACAGAGACGAGGGAAAGCAGGAGCCGGAGGUGGCGUAUGAGACAAACUGCCACUGGGAAGGCUGCAGCAAAGAGUACGACAGCCAAGAGCAGCUGGUCCAUCACAUCAAUAACGAGCACAUCCAUGGGGAGAAGAAAGAGUUUGUGUGUCGCUGGGAGGAGUGCUCCAGAGAGCAGAAGCCCUUUAAGGCCCAGUACAUGCUGGUGGUGCACAUGCGCAGACACACGGGAGAGAAGCCACACAAGUGUACUUUUGAAGGCUGCUCAAAGGCAUAUUCACGUUUAGAGAACCUGAAAACACACCUUCGCUCACACACUGGGGAAAAACCUUACGUGUGCGAACAUGAAGGCUGCAACAAGGCCUUUUCCAAUGCCUCGGACCGGGCCAAGCAUCAGAACCGCACACAUUCCAAUGAGAAACCAUAUGUUUGUAAGAUUCCGGGUUGCACCAAGCGGUACACAGACCCAAGCUCUCUACGCAAACAUGUCAAAACUGUGCAUGGCCCAGAAGCACAUGUUACCAAGAAACAGCGUGGAGACCUGGUGCCCCGACCUCAGCCCCCACCACGAGAGAAUGGAGAGAACGAAGGAGGAACCAAACAAACUGGCCGGGGAGGACAAGAAAAGUUUGAGGCCAACAGUACCACUAGAGGCGUGGAGGACUACCUACAGGUCAAAUCAAUAAAAACAGAGAACUCUGUGAUGUAUCAGUCCAGCCCUGGUGGUCAAUCAUCAUGUAGCAGCCAGCCGUCACCGCUUGGCAGUGCCACCCACCAUGACGGUGGAAUAGAGUUGUCGGGCCGCGGGGGCAGCAUGGGAGACCUGAGCAUGCUGGAUGACGUCCCCCUGGUGGACUCAACCGUCUCCACGGGCACACUGGGCCUCCACCUGCGCAGGAGUGCCAGUCCCACUCGCAAGCUGAACCAUUUGAAGCAAGAAAAGCUGAAGACAGUGAGGGAGUCGUGCUCCUGGGCAAAUGCUAUUCCACAAGCUCCUGACACCAAGCUACCACGAAUUCCCAUCAAUGGCUCCUUACUGGAGAGCUCUGGACAUUUAGGCAAUAUUCCUGUGCCCAUCACCAGCCUUCGUUUGAGUGACAUUUGCCCUGGUGAGACAACAGUUCUGUGCCAGCCAGUGGAGCGUCGAGACAGUCUGGCAAGUACAGUGAGUUCAGCUUAUACGCUAAGCCGCCGCUCCUCAGGCAUUUCUCCCUGCAACUCCAGCCGUCGCUCCAGCCAGGCCUCACAGGCCAGCAUCCGCCUAAACAACAUCAGCUCAGCCGACUCAUAUGACCCCAUCUCUACAGACCUGUCACGCCGCUCUAGUGAGGCCAGCCAGUUCGGAGGCCUGUCAGGCCUUCUCAGCCUCACCCCAGCCCAGCACUAUCGACUUAAAGCCAAAUAUGCUGCAGCAACAGGUGGCGCUCCACCCACCCCUUUGCCCAACAUGGAUCGCAUGAGCCUGAGGACACGGAUAGCCUUGUUGGGAGAUUCACAUGAAACAGCUAUGCACCCACUUGGCCUCCCCACAAUGCCCAGGAGAUGCAGUGACACAGAGUAUCCUACUACUAGCAUGAUGCCUCACGAAGUACCAGGUGGUAUAACACGGCGGGCUAGUGAUCCAGUUAGACGUGUGGCUGUUGAUCAGCAACAUAUUCUGAAGGGGCAGCGUUUUAGCAGCAUGAGCAAUGUGAAUUCUAAUCCACCACCAUACUUUCCCUCAUCAAGUCGCUACUUGUCAGUGCAGAGCCAUGUCCACUCUGAUGGUAGUCUCCAUCGCCUUCAGUACCCUCCUCGGCCACCCAGCAUCUCGGAGAACACUGCGAUGGAGACUAGCGAUAUGGAUGGUACAAUCAAUGGUAUUGCUGACGACAUGAUGUUACCUGAUGAUAUGGUUCGGUACCUCACUUCUAAUGGAGAUUCUACACAACACAAUGGGUCUGGGUACCGGCACCAGCAAGCGCAGGGCUUCCUAGGGAAUGGUGCACCACCACCUCAAUCAUGUUAUUACCAGAGGCGCAUGGCUGUAGUGGAUGGCACUGCAAACAGCAUAGUGCCACAGACAUCAGCUUCUUGCCAUAAUAGUCCAGCACAACAGCACAUGUCUCCCAGUGUCAACAAAAGUCACAUGCCUGUACAGUGGAAUGAGGUCAGCUCAGGGACAGUGGAGGCAUCUCCCAGCCAAAUCAAGCAAACACAAUCUUUGGAUUGGGUAAAUGUAACUGGUCUCCAGCAAAAGCAAGGCUCUAUCCAGAACCUCAAAUCCAACCAACAAGUAAGACCCAUGAGUCAGAACCUUGCACAUGCUGCCCAACAGAGUUCUAUGCAGCGGAGUGAGGUUAUGGCCCAAAGGAUGAACUGUAGCCAAACUCUAAAACAGCAAGGCAACAAGAAUAAUCAGAAUGAGCAUAUUAAUAAUCAUGUAUACAACCAAGAAAGUGGCAUAAACAGAAACACCAGCCAGCAUGCGUCUUGCAGUAAUAUUACAGGAGGCAAUGUCGGUUUGACAAGCCCAUCUAAAAAACCAGUGCAGCCCAUGCACAUGCAGAAUAACAGGGUAAGAACUAAGCCAGGGGCCAGUCAAAGCCAUGUAAAUUUUGAGAAUAAUCAAGGAGAUUAUUCCCAUAUGAGCGGUGAUCAGCAUAGCUAUGAUACUCUUUUCCAGAAUCCUAUCCUAAACGGAAACCAUGGUGUACUCCAGCCAAGGCCGCCCACAGAACCUAAACCCUUCUCCAGGCAGCACUCAGGGCCAAAUGCAAUGACAACACAGCAACCCGCUUACCCACAAUCGCACUUCAGCCCAGAAUAUGACACCUCUGAAGCUAGCCCCAAGAAUCCUGCCAGUGUUGGUGUUAGUGAAACCGACAGCAGCGUCAUGUUUUAUACAGGACAUAUCCACAAGUUUGAGGCCAAUAGUCUAAAAAUGCAUGAUACAACAGAAGCUGUAAACCAUGGCACAGAUAACGUAACAAUGGCUGCUGUCAGCUCCCCAGGGACCAAUCAAGUCUCAAGCACAGUGGACUCCUCCAGUGGAGUAGAUCAGACCCAGAUUGACUUUGAUGCCAUACUGGAUGAUGGCGACCACUCCAGUCUCAUAUCAGGAACUCUAAGUCCUAGUAUCCUCCGCAGCCUGUCUCAAAAUUCCUCCCGCCUCACUACACCCCGGAACUCUGUAACAUUGCCUCCGGUACCAGCAGGAAUUGGCAACAUGGCCAUUGGAGAUAUGACCUCCAUGUUGACUGCUCUGGCAGAAGAGAGCAAGUUUCUUAACAUGAUGUCUUAAACAGUCAAACAGAAAGUAGAUUUGGUAACUGAAGACCUAUUGGCAUAUCUAAAUAAAGAAUUAAGACUGUCCUAGCAUUUUAUGUUUUUAUACAUGUCUGUAUUAUCUGUAUUAUCCUGUAUAGUAUUAGAACAAACACUUAGUAGUUUCCCCUUUGCUUAAAAAAAGAAGCCAUAUUUUGCCUUAGACAAAUAUAUGUACUGUAUAUAACCACAGAAUAUUUGCUAAACUUCAGUCCAGUAUUUUUGUAUUCUCUUUUAUGGUGGUGAAAUGAGUGUAGCAACAAGUGCCUAGCUAUGCAAAUGCAUAGCAGGAAAAAAAAACAAAAAAAUCUUUUUAAUUUGAUUGUCCUGAGCAUACAAAGAAAGUUUGUACAUUAUGUAAAUCAAUCUGUGUCCAUGAGACAAAAAAUAAACUAAAUGGUAAGGAAGUGUAUAAUAGGAUUCGAUUGAACUGCAAAACACUUUUUACCUGUGUGACAGUCUCUUUACGUUAGAGAAUAAAGCUCCAUUGAACUAAAAUUAUACAAUACUUAUAAAAAGUGCAGUUUUUUAAGUAUCUUUGGUCUUUAUUCUCAUUUCAAAUAACAACACAGACAUACGAUACAGCACUCAAAGUUAGAUUUCAACCAUAUCAUGCAAACCAAUUUGCUUGGACUUUUGGACUCCACCUGAUGCGGCAUUCAAAUGUUUCUUUUUUUUGUAUGUGAACAUGUGUAUGGAGCUGGAGCUGUAGAUAUCUUUUGUACAUUUUUAUGAAAUACAGUAUUGUUUUUUUCUA